AUGGACAGAGGAGAAAAGGAAGAAAGGAUCGAUGAUAUCUACAUCAAUGAAGAGGCUGCUAGAUAUCUUAAACACAAGAAAGAGAUGAAGGAAUCUAAUAGGACAACAACCAAACCACCUGAACCCACUGGAAGUGAGUGUGUGAUGAAAAGAGGUUACAGAUCAGUUACAGUGUGUUUGCUGCUGCUGUGUGUUCUUCUACUGACUGCAGUCAUAGUGCUUCUGAUCAACACAAACAAUCACCAGUCUCACAUCACCAGCAGAAACAUCACAGAUGAGAGAGACCAGCUACUAACCAAAUAUAAAGAAGAGAGAGACCAGCUACUAACCAAAUAUAACAACAUCACAAAAGAGAGAGACCAGCUACUAACCAACAAUACCAACCUCACAAAACAGAAAAGCCAACUAAUAGCCAACAAUACCAACAUCACAAAAGAGAGAGACCAGCUACUAUUAAAUAAUAACAAUUUGACAACAGAAAAUGAUAGAUUAUUAACCAACCUUAAUAAACAAAGAGAGCAGUUAAAUGCAACGAUGGAGAUUCUAAAAAGAGAUGGAUGGACAGUAUUUCAAUCUAGUUUGUACUUCAUUUCAUCUGAUAAGAAGACCUGGAGCGAUAGCAGAACAAACUGCACACAGAGAGGAGCAGAUCUGAUCAUCAUUAACAAUCAAGAGGAACAAGGUUUUGUUAAGAACAUGUCUGGUAUAGAAUAUUGGAUUGGUUUGUCUGACAGCGAUGUAGAGGGCACAUGGAAAUGGGUUGACGGUAGCACACUGAACACUAGUUUCAGCUUCUGGGACAAAUCAAUUUCUCCAAAGGAGCCCAAUGGUGGAACAGCAGAGAACUGUGCUGCAAUUUAUUCACCAGGGUGGGUUGAUUACUCAUGUACUAAAACUUUUAACUGGAUCUGUGAGAAAAACCUGUUUAAAUGAGAUACUUCUUUUAGUAAACUGUGAACACCAAAACUUUUAGACAGUCUGUCUGAGCAGAAUAAAAUUAACUAAAUGAAAUGUAAAAACGAGUUGGUUCAACUUAAAAGUAUGGGGCUGUUUCAGGGGUUAUGCACAGGGCUUAUACUAGUCACAGACUAAAAUGUAUGUUUGAGCUGCCUUCAUUUAAAAACAUCUUGCACUGACACAUCUUAACAUAUUUCAGUGACAUUGUUUUGUCACUGAUGCACAUCAGUAAUUUUUAUUGUAAGGUUUGUUUUUAAAUUUUUGAGUAAAUUCAACUUGAAUAUAUUAGUUGGCACAAGAAAUGUACAUAGCCUUUUUAGUUAACUAAUAAUUUUGAGUUAAACCAACAAAUCUCUUUUUACAGUGUAUACUUAUUAGAGUAAACCUCC